UAUAGGAUGAGUCAUAGCCAUAGCAUGUUAUAUGCUUCUCACUCUCAACAUAUUUAUUCUCAAUUGAAAAUUUAUCAAAAAAUUUCAUAGAAAGUCAUAGACACUAGAAGAUUGGUAUUUAAGUUCACUCUAUUUUUUUCUUAACUAAAUUUUCUAUUGAAAAAACUUUUACAGGUGGCAUGGAAGUAAGGUUGUGGUGUGUUUGUUAUAUUCAAUAUCAGUGUUGGAGCCAAACUAUGUCUGUCUUAAAAGAAGCGCUUACUCGGAGUAUGAACACUAUCAUCACCGAGCUUGAACAAGAAGGUUUGAUAGAUAAUUUGAUGAACAUGUGUUAUGGGUUAAAGGAUGUGAAUGGUCCUUACUAUUUUGCAAAUCUACUUCAAACACUUAUUGAAGACACACAAAAUGCAAUAUUGGAGCUUGGAAGACUAUUGGAGCAGGCACCAAUAAAUUUUCAAGACAUGGAUCAAAUUGCUAUCAAGCUUAGAGGCAGUACUUCAUGUGUUGGUAUUUGUGCUCUAGCGCAAAAGUGGCUUAAGUUUCGUGAAGGUACACAAAUUUUUAGCAAGGAAAGGUGUCUAUUGUCUUUGAAUGAAAUUCGUUAUGAAUUUGUAAGAAUUCACUCCAGACUAGAUGCAAUUAUUCAAUUGCAAGCAAACAAAAUCAAAGUUUUUAGAGGCCAGAUGACCAAUUCAAGAAACUUGCUUAGCUGAUAUAUGGAGGGCUAAAGAAAUUACCAAAGAGAUGGUUGGAUUCACUUGCCGUAUAAAAUUUGUGGGAAUGUUGUUAGUUUUGAUAACUUAUUGUAAAUUAUUAUUUCCAUUAGUUAUUAUUUACUUGUUCCAUAAAUUCUCUUAUACAUGUAAAUUAUUGUUCGUAUAUACUUGUAAAUGUUACUACUAGUAAAUUCCAUAAUUAUGUAAGUUUAUGUAAAUUUAUCUAAUUUUUUGGUUUUGUAAUUUUCAAUUU